GGAUAUAUGAAUCUUUAUUGUACAAAUAUCUGCGCACGCUUUCACUUAAAGUGGAGGUCAGAGAAAAUGUUGAAUUUAGUUGGAAUGGAAGAAGAUUCGCGGCUCUUAGCCUAAAUUCUAAAAUGAGGGCGUCGUUAAUCCUUUAUAGAUUUCCCUUUUACACAACGAUUUUUAUACUUUAAACCUGUUUUAAAAAUAGAAAAAGCAAGUUAUUAUUGAAGAUAAUUUGAUUUCUUUGUUUUUAUAAAAAGGUUAUAUCUUCACUUUUUUAAAUUUAAUCAUAUUAGAUUCUAAUAAUUGCAUCGAUUCAAUUUAUUUUAAAGCUUGAUCAAUUGGGUGUAUUGUGAAAUGGAAUCAAUGACGAAAAUAAAAACAAAGAAAAAACAACAAUCCAAUGACUCUUGCCUUGCCCUUCUUUGUUUUACAAUUGAAUCAUUGAGGAUGAUCUUUAUAUCCCUUAGAUAUUCUCAAAGUCAAAGGAAUGCUCAGUUAACAAUAUUCCAUCACAUUUCUAUCAUUCUCACACUUAUUAUUUCCCCAAGUUCUUGUCAAUUCAAUGCAAGGAAUUAUCCUGAUCCGAGAAUGGAUCCUUUUUCAUGUCGAUUAAUUCUACCUGGCCAAGUUUGUGAUCCGGCUGAGAUUUUAACGCCAGAUGAAAGAAGGAUACUAAACGAGAAAAUUACCAGACUCCAGCAAAUAACCGCCAAUAUCAAAAACACUUCUCCUGCGUGUACAGAUACAACAAGGAAUACUAACCUUCAUAUUGUUAUUGCUUUAAUGGAGAAACUUGGUGCGCCAGAGUUAGAUUCAUUGUUAUGUGAUACCUUAGUGCUGAUAGUGAACUCUCGAAGUGAUCGACAAGUUUUCACCGUAGCAGGAAGGGAUGCAAAGGUACUUUUUAAUAGAAAACAGGAUUUUCGUAUAAUUUGUAUUACAAAGUUGAGUCAAGAUGUAUUGCAGACUGCCUUUCACAGAAGCGUUGGACAUUUCCGACUGGGAAAUUAUGAGCAGGGUUUUGAAGGAAUGGUUGAAUACAUCGUUUCCGCAUAUGGAAGCGCGCACAUUGUUCAAACUCCAGCCAUCGGAGAUGGCUUGUUUCCAACUAACACUCAAACACUUUCUACAUUCCCUUCUUCUUCUGGGACAGGGCAAUUCACAGCUAUUCAAGGAGUUCGUCAAAAGACAAACAUCAACAAACUGGAGAGAUUCGAUUUCGAUGAAAUUCCUGAGGAUGAACGACUUUGGGUUCGAAUUCUAGUGAAAGCAUUAGCACAAUGUGGAGACGAUCUUAGCAAUUUAACUUUUCAUGUAAAAGCGAUAGCAGAAGAAGCGAUGGAUAUUUCCUUGAAGCUGAUUAGUGAUCUUCAUUACAAUAAAAUUGAAGAAGAAUUGCAGAAUACAGAUAAGGAAUCGAAAGAUCGGGAAAAGGCUUGGCUUCGCAUGAAACCCUAUCUUGAAAAUUUGUAUUCAAAAUAUAAAGAAAUGCCUAAUAACUUGGAUCAGUGCCCAGAAAGAAAAACAUAA